GCACUAAUUUCAAAUUCUAGUAAAGCUAAAAAGCCAAAAUAAAUAUGGAACCUUAUGUAAAUGGAUAUUUUAGUUAUCUGAUGGAAAAUCAGCUUCAAUGUGAGGACAUUCCGAUGAGGGAAGCACUACGUCAGGGAGCAGAGGAGUGGAAUGCACUAAGCCCAAGUGAAAGGACCAAGUAUAGGGGAAAGAACAAAAGUCGUCAUCUGCAUAAAUGCUCAAAUUGUCGUCAUAAGCGUCAGCCAGAGAAACAAAAAAGCUUAAAGCGAUGUCCAAAGAGCCCGACUCUAAGCUAUAGUCAUCGAUCCAGGAUGCAACGUCCUUGCAGCCCAAGGAGCUUUAGAAAUAAAUAUUGUCCAAGAAAGUGCAGUUCUCGGCGCACAAGACGGGUAUGCUUACUGAAGAGAACAACUAAAGUGAUGGCCACGGACGUCAAGUUCAACGACACGCUGAGCUGCAGCGAUCCGCAGUCGCAUCCGGUCCUGAUCAUCGGCCAGCUGCGCCAUCUGAAUCUGCUGAAGUUCAGCCAUCUGGAGAGCAAACUCAGUCCACGAGUCACCGAGGAGACCUUCCUGAAUGCCGUCGCCUGUCUGCAUCCGGCGCCCACCGAUAAGGUUUCCCUCUAUCUCGAUGUGGCCACAGUUGCUGCCCUUCCAUUAAAGGCAUCUCGGCAUAAUACCGCCUCCCGGGCUCAUGCCAUCACCCGGCUGGUGAAGAACCAUGUGCUGAACGUCUCCGAGGAGAGCGUGGUGCUGGUCUGCGAGCGGGAGAAUCUAUUCGCCAGCGCCUGUGCGGUGGUCCGGGCUUUUCCCCUCUAUUCCCGCAAAACGGGCAAUCUACUGGCUGCCAGCCAAUCCAAGUCACAAUUUGGUGGUGGUGACCAAGGCGAUGGAAGCAAGGAUGCAGGACGUAACGUGGUGAACGUUGAGUUUGUGCUGAUCAACAAAGAGGGCGGCGUGGAGAGCGAACCGCUGACGGAAGACGAGCUAAAUUGCCUGAAUGAAACCACGCGGGCCAUCCGACUGACUGCUCGCAUUGUGGACAUGCCCUGCAACGAGAUGAACGUGGAUCACUUCAUCCAGGCCAUCGAGGACGUGGGCAGGGAGCUGUGCAUCACGCCGCAAGUAAUCCGCGGCGAGGAGCUGCGCGAGCGCGGCUUUGGCGGCAUCUAUGGCGUCGGAAAGGCAGCGGCGGUGCCACCUGCCCUUGUGGUGCUCUCCCACGAGCCACGUGGGGCCCAGGAGACCAUCGCCCUGGUCGGCAAGGGUAUCGUCUAUGACACUGGCGGCCUGAGCAUCAAGGCCAAGACGGGCAUGCCCGGCAUGAAGCGCGAUUGCGGCGGAGCGGCGGCCAUUCUGGGCGCCUUUUACGCAGCCGUUCAGUGCGGAUUCAAGGAAAACCUGCAUGCCGUCUUCUGCCUGGCCGAGAAUUCUGUGGGCCCAAAUGCAACGCGCCCCGAUGACAUUCACACUCUCUACUCGGGCCGUACAGUGGAGAUCAACAACACGGAUGCCGAGGGCCGCUUGGUGCUCGCCGAUGGCGUUUGCUUUGCCAACAAAGAUCUGAAGGCCAACAUCAUUCUCGACAUGGCUACAUUGACUGGAGCUCAGGGCGUUGCAACAGGCAAAUACCAUGGUGCCGUAUUGACAAACUCGGAGACAUGGGAGGCAAAAUCGCUGCAGGCCGGACGCAAAUCCGGCGAUUUAUUGGCGUCCAUAAUUUAUUGCCCCGAAUUGCAUUUCGCCGAAUUCUCUUCGGCCAUUGCUGAUAUGAAAAACUCGGUGGCGGAUCGACAGAACGCGCAAUCCUCCUGCGCCGGCCUCUUCAUAGCCGCCCAUCUGGGCUUCGACUAUCCCGGCAUCUGGAUGCACGUCGAUAUGGCCACGCCCGUUCAUUGUGGGGAGCGUGCCACUGGCUAUGGCGUUGCCCUGCUGCUGACCCUCUUCGGUGGCCACACGGACUCCAAGCUGCUGCAAUCCAUCGCCCCCACGGACGAGGAGCCGCCCUCGAAGCGCCUGUGCCGCGAUUAACUGAGCCUGCCUUCUCCUGUGCCAUGUGCCUGACCGAUUAAUAUGCAUUUCAAUCAUUUUAUUUGUCCAAUUGUGCUCCUGAAGCGCUAGCCGCCACAUUGUGUAGCCGACAGGCACUAAAAAAGCCAUUAAAUUUUAGAAAUACACGAAGUAUGAAAUUAAA